UGAGUAUUCGACAUAUUAAAUUUUUGUACUCUGAAUUCUUCGAUAUGAUGUUUUAUUAUUGCUUCCAUCAAUAAUGGCAUUCACUUACGAGUUAUUUCGCAUUAAUGGUCAGUCCAUGAGAUUUUCUUUAGUUGGUUACACCGAGAUUGAGGUUCUUCAGAUGGCUACGAUUGUUGAAGCUUUUGGUGGAAAGUUGUCGGAACCAGGGGAUAAUACCCUCGUUUUUUCGUACCCUGGGGCUCCAAUCGGUGAAAAUUAUUCUCAUUUCGAUAGCAAAUUUCUUUUUGACAGUGUGACGACAGGUAAACUUCAGAAAUUGGAUGAUUACAGGAUUCCAUUGACUGAGACGAACAGUUCACUCCAAGCCGAGGAUUUCAAUUCGAUUAACCAUAAAACACGCACUGAAUCUAGUUCUGAAAAUGAUCCUGGGAAAUCUAAAAGCGAAAAUAAUCUGUAUAAAUCGACAGCAGCAGCUGCAGAGCCCUCGAUCGAAGCAAUCGCAGCUAGAGAUGAAAAGCACCUGCAAGAGACUUCCCGUAGGAGCAGAAAUAGGAAGCAGAAGAGAAAGUCUUCUUCUUCACCUUCUAGAGAAAGAGCCGACGAAAAAAAAGUCGAACUUUUUCCGAGCCAUGCAAAUUUAUUGGUAAAACGUAAAUACUUGCCAGAAGAAAAUCAAAAAAUUAUGGAUUAUAUAAUUAAUAACAAGAUGAUCUCUUUCGUUGGAUCAUCACUGCUUUGGAAGAACAUGGAAGCGAAGCAACUCCUAACAAAUCCGACUCGCACGUGGAAAGGCUUGAAGAGUCACUUCAAGGAUUAUCUCCGAGAUAAUGUUGCAGACUAUACAGAUGAUCCUGAUGUCAUUAGGCAAUUCGCAGAGGAAAGGGCACAAAGGUAUUUGGACUUCGCAGAGCGUAUGGCCAAUGCCAAUAGAGGAUCUGCAAAAUCUAUUUCCCAACCUCAUCAAUAAAAAUUCAGCAGUCUAAUGAUAAAAAUAAAAGCAAAGU